AUGGGGGACCUGCUUAUGCUCAGGGUAGCUGUGGGCAUAUGCUAUGCCACUUUCAGUGCCUCUGCCUGGUCAGUGAAUAAUUUCCUGAUAACAGGUCCCAAGGCCUAUCUGACCUACACUGCCAGUGUGGCCCUAGGUGCCCAGAGUGGCAUCGAGGAGUGUAAAUUCCAGUUUGCUUGGGAACGCUGGAACUGUCCUGAAAAUGCUCUCCAGCUCUCCACCCACAACAGGCUGAGAAGUGCCACCAGGGAGACUUCUUUCAUUCAUGCUAUCAGCUCUGCUGGAGUCAUGUACACCAUCACCAAGAACUGUAGCAUGGGCGACUUUGAAAACUGUGGCUGUGAUGAGUCAAAAAAUGGAAAAACAGGAGGCCAUGGCUGGAUCUGGGGAGGCUGCAGUGACAAUGUAGAAUUUGGGGAAAGAAUCUCCAAACUCUUUGUGGACAGCCUGGAGAAGGGGAAGGAUGCCAGAGCUCUGAUGAAUCUUCACAACAACAGGGCAGGCAGGCUGGCAGUGAAAGCCACCAUGAAAAGGACCUGCAAAUGUCAUGGCAUCUCUGGGAGCUGUAGCAUCCAGACAUGCUGGCUGCAGCUAGCUAACUUCCGGGAGAUGGGCAACUACCUUAAGGCCAAGUAUGACCAGGCACUAAAAAUUGAGAUGGAUAAGCGGCGGCUAAGGGCUGGGAACAGUGCCGAGGGCCACUGGGUACCUGCUGAGGCCUUCCUUCCUAGUGCAGAAGCCGAGUUGAUCUUUUUAGAGGAAUCACCUGAUUACUGUAUCCACAAUUCCAGCCUGGGUGUCUAUGGCACAGAGGGUCGGGAGUGUCUGCAGAACCGCCACAACACAUCCAGGUGGGAGCAACAUAGCUGUGGGCGCUUGUGCACCGAAUGUGGCCUGCGGGUGGAAAAAAGGAGAACUGAGGCUAUCAGCAGCUGUAACUGCAAAUUCCAGUGGUGCUGUACAGUCAAGUGUGACCAGUGUAGGCAUGUGGUGAACAAGUACUAUUGCACACGCACCCCAGGCAAUGCUUGGUCUCAGGGCCAAGGCAGCAUGCCAUAGCACCCCAUAGCAACUUACUUGCUCAGUUGUAUGACAAUGGAGGGGAAUACAGCUUCUUUCUUGGAGAAAAGAGAGAAGAAAACAAUUGGAAAGUCACAGGGUUGAUUUGUAGUCUUCUUGAUAUCUGCUGUGCACUGGGAAAUGGAGGCCCAAGAUUAUACAGCAUAUUCUUGACAGAGCUGCAAUAAGAAUCUGGGUCUCCUAACUUGAGUAGACCCUAUUUCAUCUUUCCUGCAAAUUAGUUCCUAGUCUUUGUGCAUGUAGUUUUACAGCUUGCUAAAGGGGGAGUUUGGUUUGGGGUCCAUAUCCAAAAGGACCUUCAAAGUUUCAGACCAUGUCCAACCCAGCUGUAUGGCUGAGAAUCAGAGGGAAUGGAAGCAAAAAAAAAGAAAAGAAAAGAAAGAGAGAAAGAAAGAGUUCUGUUUAGACUCCUAAAGGAGCAACUUUGCUAACUCCAGAAAGAUAAGUGGGACAGAGACUACAUACCCGCCUAGAGGGAGGUAUUUUAAGAUGGAGUUUCCCCUUAAGAUGCACUUUUAAAAUACUCUCCCCACCAACCCUGGGGAAACCAGGACCCAGCAUAUCCUGAGGACUUUUUCAGCUCAGAAACUAUCUCUGGAGCCAGGGAAAAGGGAUGGUCACUGCUAAGUGGACAGGUGACUACAGCUUAUCCAGUCAGGGCCCCCCAAGAGGGAUUUUCCCAUAGAGAGCUAUAAAAGGGCUCUUAUUUUGUUAUUUUUCCCUGAGUGGGAACUCAACUUCAUUUUGCCAUAAAUGCUUCUAGAAGCUGAGACCUUUUCUCUCUUUGGAAACCUCAGAAUCAGAAAGGGAAUAAGAAACCCUGCUUCCAUAUCCCAGUGAUGCACAAGGCUAAAGGAGAAGCUAGAACUAUCCAACCCCCUUGAGAGCAAUGUUUGACAGGUGAUAAAAUUGAGACCAAGAACUGGCCUAUAGGAAAACAAUCUAGACUUAUGGAUUUAGAAGAUAUUUUAAUGUGACCUAAGCAACUUGAGGAAUAAGAAAGCCCUUUGAACUUGAAUUAUAUUCAAAGUGUGUUUGCUCUCCUAACUUGGGCUUCCCAGGGUAUCUACACAUCAAGAAACUGAGCCCCAGGGCAAGAUACUAGGAAAGUUGUGGAUUCUACCUUCCUCAUUUGCACUUCUACAUACUCUACUGCUAAUCUUUGAGGGAGGAGGAGUUUCCCAUAAAGAGAGCCCUGGGGCUUAGCCACUAGUCUCCUAAAUCUGAGCAUCUCAGCCUUAGAAGUCUCCCCUCUCUGCAAAGGUCAAGCACCCUGCUGGGAGGAGAUAUUUCAAAUAUGUUGAAUAAACAAGUAAAAUGACUGA